AUGAUGGAGCUUCCCACAUGGCUCUCAUCGGUUCUCUCCGAGCUCAGGGGAAAGGUUACAUCCUUUCUUCUCUUUCACGUUGCUUUGGAAAUUAGCCUUGCAUUGCUUCUUGCCUAUUUUUUUCUGCAAAAAGCGUAUGCACCGGGUCAGCGACGCGAACGUGGCACGCCGAGUCGCGCGGCUGCACGGUUCGCUCUGAAAUCGCGCGCGGAUGAUCUCACGGAAGAGGAAAUCGAUGCGCUCUGCGACGAAUGGACGCCCGAGGCGCUGGUUCCUCCGAGUACUGAGUCCGCAAUUUUGAGUCCACGUAACGGCGCGUCGACCGAAGCGACUCUAAGUCUGGUUCGUACGAGUGUUUCCAUUGCCCUUGGCAGCGGUGAACUCGCAGACACCGAGACAUCUGACCUGCUAGAGGCGCCCACCGUUCAUGCCUACGAGCCCGGUGGGUACUGUGUCGUCCAGAUCGGUGACCACGGCCUGAAACGAUGUCUGAACUUUGCGUCUGCAAAUUAUUUGGGCUUCCAGAGGGAACCACGAAUCGAAGAGGCAUGCAGACGCAUACUACUCAAGUAUGGCUGCGGUGCUUGCGGGCCUCGCGGUUUUUAUGGAACGAUGGAUGUCCAUUUACGCUGCGAGUACGAAAUUGCAAAGUUCAUGGGUACACAUGAGGCCAUUCUUUACAGUUUCGGGUCAGCCACCUCCACUAGUAUUGUUAAUGCCUUUGCGAAAAAGGGCGACAUUAUCUUCGCUGAUGAAUGUUUACACUAUGCUCUCCAGAACGGCAUGCAGUUAAGCCGGGCAAUGAUUGUUUGGUUCCACCACAAUGAUCCCGCUGAUCUGGAACGCAAAAUUGUGGCCAUUGAGUCAACACAGCCGAAAAGCAGAUCAAAUCUUCUGCAUCGUCAGUUCAUCAUCGUUGAAGGCAUUUAUCAAAAUACAGGGAUGGUUGCUCGAUUGGACGAGUUUGCUGCGGUGAGGCGUCGGCACAGCAACUUGCGUCUAUUUGUGGACGAAAGCCACUCUAUGGGUGUUCUUGGUGCAACCGGGCGAGGUGCUUGCGAACAUUUCGGUCUCCAGCUCGGUCGUGAUGUCGACAUCGUUGUCGUCGAUGUGGCGUUUUCGCUCGCCUCUGUUGGUGGAUUCUGUGUCGGAGCCGAACUUUCUGUGGUAGAUCAUCAACGUUUGAGCAGUGCGGGGUAUUGUUUCAGUGCAUCUCAGCCGCCGUUCCUAGCGGAGGCAGUAAGUGUCGGUAUCCAGCUGUUGUGCGAAGAGCCGAAUCGGUCUGAGCGCGUGCGCUCAAACGCCGCUUUGUUGCGCCGUACACUGCGAGAGCAUCUACCCGCGAAUGUGCUUGUCGAAGGCAACGUUGACGAAUCGCCGCUGAUCUAUCUGCGGCUCAGUAGCCGAGGAGUGCAGUCGCUUCUGGCCCGAGUGCUCCAGCUGGUGCAGGCAACUGAAAAACAACUUCGGAAUCGUGCUGAUCAGCUUCGUUCAACUGAGAUGAACGAGGACGGUGACGCCGACAGCCUAUCGGAUUCGGGCUCGUCCAUCUCCGCGGAAGCAACGGAGGAGCUCGGCUCCAUGGUAACCGAUGCAGCUAUUCGGCAAAUCAACCAUGCCUCUGCGGUGGCUGCAGCUGCCACAGCGCACGAGAUGGUCAUCCCAGGCAUGUACCAGGCCGGGGCUUUCGAAGAACUCGUGACGGAACGCUUCUGGGUACUAGCUCGAGAGCGCUUAAUCCGCCACGGAAUCUGGGCAUCUGUGCCCGGCCAGGUCUUGACCGAGCACCUGAGACUGCCACCCGCACUAGUGCUGCAUGUCAGCGCCAGUCACGAGCCUUCGGAGUUGGUCCAGUCGGGGCACACCAUCAGCAGAGUUCUGGAUAGCAUGCUCAGUGCUGUAAAAAGUGAGCAGUAA